AUGAAUGAAAAAUACCUUAUCAAUAAUAUUCUCGUUAAAAAUUACACGAUAAAGAGAUAUAACAAAUGUCUCUAUAAAAAAGAAGAAGAUAAGAAUAAUGUCAUUAUUUUUUUAUAUAAAUUUUGUAAAUAUUAUAAAGAAUGGAGUUGCUUUGAAAGACAUAAAAUAUGUUGUGAAAAGAAAAGGGGAAAGAAUGUUUGUAUUGAAUAUACGAAUGAUAGGAAUAAGAAAUUACAGAAUAUAAAAAACAGAAUGUUAAAAUAUAUGAUUGUAUAUAAUUUCUCUUUAUUAUUUUAUAUGUUUUUUGUAUUUAUUAUAAUUCAUUUUUUUCUUCUCAUACUUUUAUUUUAUAGUAAUAAACAUUAUAUACAAUGUACCAUACCUUUUGAUGAUUGUCCAAUAAUUUUACAUGCUCAUUUAAAUAAUUUCUUAAAAAAUACAAAGAUUAAUAAUAUAUCCAAAGAAAAUAUUUACUUAUUUUAUAAAAACAUGUUAUUAUUACUAGAUCAUAAUGAAAAACAAAAACAAAACAAAAUGAAACAUCAAUCUAACAAUAAUAAUAAUAAUAAUAAUAAUAAUAAGAAGAAGAAGAACAAGAAGGAGAAAGAGAAAGAAACAGAAAACCAUUUUAAUCAUAGAUUUUAUAAAUAUCAAGAUUAUUAUUAUUAUUAUUAUAAUAAUCAUAUAAAAAAAAAAAAAAAAGAUAAAAUUAACGAUAUUUAUUUGUUAAAAAAAAAAAAAAUUUAUACAAUAUUAAAUACACAGAAAGUAAAAUGUAAACAAUGUGAAAUUAUUUUUAAUAUAAUAGAUAAUGAAACAGUAGAUGAUAUAUUAAAUUUUUAUGAAGUUAAUAAAUGUAUAAAACAAAUAGAUAGUACUUAUUGUGUUAACAUAAAGGAUGAUACAAUAUAUAAUAAAAAAAUACAUAUUUAUAAAAAAUACACAGGACCAAUCAGACAAACAAAUCAUUUUGAUAUACUAAAGAAACACAAAAAUAUAUUAAGUCGAUAUUCUUAUCAUGAUGCAUACAUGAAGGAGAAGGUUGUCAUUCGAAACAGAAUAAAAUAUUUGUAUCCCUUUCUUCAUGAUUAUUUUUUAAACUUAGAUUAUUUUAAAUUAUAUGACAACCUAGAGAGGAAAAUUGAAGUUAACGAAGAGAGCUUGAGGAAAUUCCCCUUCCUGUCCGAUAAAAGCUUAAACCUCUGCCGUUCGUCUUACAAAAAAAAAUAUAGAAAUAGCACCUUUUAUUGGAUAUGCCCAAACUUUUAUAAAGAAAAAAAACAUCUGGAAGAAUAUAAAAUAUCGAAGAUGAUUGAUGAAUUUUUAAAUUUCCAUAGUUUAGGAUACGCUCAUAAAAACAAACAUAUGAUAGAAAUGUCCAAAUCAAACCCUCUAAGAUAUACAUAUAAGCAUUUUGGAUAUAUACGAGAUGUGCUGAAGCUUCCUUUUCGCGUAGAUAUAUAUAACAGAUUUAAAAUCUUAGAAAAUGAAUUUCUCGUGACAGAAAUAAUUGAGAAAAUGUACAAAGCCUUUUUCUGCGACAAUAAAAAGAAAAGCAAGAAACAUACUACGAGUAGUGUAGAGGGAAAUGAAUAUAAAAAAGGAGAAAUGAAUAAAGAGAAGAAAGAUACUCAUAAGAUAAAAAAUGCUACUAAUAAUAGUAAAGAUAUUAAUAAUUAUUAUAAAGAUAUUUAUAAUUUAGUUAAUAACAACACGAAGGAAUACAAAGAUAAGCAAGUUUUACAUAGAGAAGUGAGUUCAGAAAAACUAGCUUUUUUUCCUAAGGAAUAUACAAAAAAACUUAAGCUAGAAGAUGUCUUAGGGGAUAAAUAUAAUAUAAAACAUGUUGAUAGAAAUAAUAGGGGAAACGUUAUUCCACAGAACAGGGAUAGUAAGAAAGAACAAAUUACAGACGAAGAGAAUGAUACACAGGGACGUAUAAAUAAUAUUUGUAAAAAUAUUGAAAUAGAUGAAAGUGAAGAAGAAUAUGAUGAUUACUAUGAUUAUGAUGAACAAGGAGAAAAAGAUGUAGAGGAUGAAGAUGUACAAGAUAAAGAAGACAUAGGUAAAGUACAUAAAAAAGAUCAAAGAGUUUCAGACAUUAAACAUGUUUUAAUAGAAGAGGUUCCUAAAGAAUUUGAACAAAAUAAUCCUUUUAAUUAUAAACAUUCCAAAUAUAAUUUUACUAAAGAAAUAGUAAUAAUAUCUUCAUCUAUCUUUUUUGGACAUAUGCAAAACUUGUUUAACUAUAUCUUUUAUUUUGUGUGUCUUCUUUUGGUUAUACAAAUAGUGUUAAUACUUUUAUAUAUAUAUAUCAAAACUAAUGAUGAAGUUUCUAUAAUACUCAAGGAUAUGGAGCAUACCGAGGAAAUGUCUAAGUAUCUUAAGAGACUAUCAAAAUAUAUGCUGAAUAAAAAGUAUGUUAAUACGAACAUACAACAUUUUAAAGCAGGCAGGCACGUGAGUAGUGUUAAUUAG